AUGUCGGCAACAGGAGAUCGGCGUGAGAUUGUUAUUGUUGGUGGUGGCAUCAUUGGAUGCUGCUCUGCAUAUUACCUCACAAGACACCCGUCAUACGACCCUACCCGUCACAAGAUUACACUCAUUGAGGCCUGUGAAAUCGCCGGCGCUGCAUCAGGAAAAGCGGGUGGCAUGCUGGCGCAAUGGGCUUUCCCAAGCAACAUCGUUGGUCUCAGCUACAAACUGCAUGCCGAACUUGCAAAAGAGCACGAUGGUAUCAAUCGAUGGGGAUACAGAGAGGUCAAUUGUGGCCAACUCGUCGUGAGAGGUCGUGCUCUUGCCGAGCACACUGCAGGGAAAUCCGGGGGUGGAGAUAGGGAAUCUCUGCUGAAACGCAGUGCAGCGGCUAUGUCGAAGCUGAAGUCUGCCAAAAUCCCCCAGGACUUGGAUUGGAUUGAGCCGGAUCUUCUGCGGUCCUAUGAAAAUAUGAGUGGACCGGGCGAAACUGCUCAAGUGCACCCAUACUUCUUCACUACCUCUAUUGCAAAGCUCGCCCAGGACGAGGGCGCAAGUAUCAUUCUUGGACAGGUUACAGAUAUUGAUCGGUCUAAGGGUUCUGUGCAGUCAGUGACAUACACUGAUAAAACAUCAGGUGAAACAAAAACCAUCACCGCAACCGAUGUGCUCGUUGCUGCUGGUCCCUGGACGAAGACUAUCCUCCCAGAGGUCCCCAUCUCAGGCAUGCGGGCCCACAGCGUGGUGAUCCAGCCAAAGAAACCAGUCAGCGCAUACUGCCUGUUUACAAACAUCGAAAUCCCGGCCGACUUCAACCCCGAAAAGAAGUCACGCCCAACUGUGGCUGCGCCAGAGAUCUACGCGCGCCCUGAUGACACCGUCUAUGCAUGUGGCGACGGAGAUAGAACGGUCCCAUUACCAAAGACUUCUGCAGAUGUCCAGGUUGACCAGACGCGCUGCCAGGAAAUCAUAGAUCAUGUGGGUAGCAUUUCUGACGAGCUGCGCGACGGAGAGGUUCGCGCUCGCCAGGCUUGCUAUCUUCCUAACUGUGAAACUGGCGGUGGGCCACUAAUUGGCCUGACCGAUGUAAAGGGACUGUAUGUUGCAGCUGGCCAUACCUGCUGGGGUAUCCAGAAUGCGCCGGGUACAGGGAAGCUCAUGAGUGAGUUUGUAUUUGAUGGCAAGGCGAAGAGCGCAAACAUUGGAUCGUUGGAUCCACGAAACUUCAUCUGA